AGAAUGCUAAUGAAUCCAAAAGAAGCUGACCUUUAUGAGACGAAAUAUAACAAUUUGCUUGAAUAUUAUUGCCAUAUGGAGCAGAUGAAUAAUCGACUAAAACAUCGUCUGUAUCAUGUCAGGAAGGAAAUUAAUCAUUUGAAGCAGCUGAAGAGGGUCCUGUGUGAGCGGCUGUUAAUGCACCGUGCUGUAAUAAUUGAUUCGAAUUUGGAAAUACCGGAUAAUGAGUCUAGUGUGUCAUUGAAGGAUAAUAAAGGGUUUGGAGGAGAUACAAUUAAUAAUGCUGAAACAGAAAUGGUUAAUAAUACUAAUAAUGGAGGAGCGACGAGGAAAAGAAAAAUGCCUUCAAAAAAGGAAAAUGGUGGAGGGGAACAAAGUGGAAGUUGUAAUAAUGGUAAUGUUAAUAGUAGUAGAAGAAGUGGUGGUGGUGGUGGUGGAAGGGAUAAUAAAAGACGCAAGGCACGUGACGAGGCUAAACAAAAUAUAAUUUCUAUAAUUGAAAGUAUUGUUUCUGAUACACCAAAAUCAGAAGAUUCUGUUAAAUCCGAGGCUACUACUAAUGAAGCGGAGAAUGCACAACAAGAAUUGUCAGAUGUUCCUACUCCUAGUGAACAAAAUUCAGGUUAA